UAUAUCCCUUAAUGGAGUCCAUCUAUUUGAUUCUAUCUUAAAAAAAAAAAAAAGGGUAUUAGUUACAAGUAAAAAACAGUAGAACAGAAGUGGUCUGAGCUCUCUGUUUUAGUGCAUGUUGUUGAUCGAUGGCAAUGGCUGAGAAUGCUGGAGUAGUCUGCAAAUGCACAGCCAGGAGGAGUUUCCGCUUCAGGCAACCCAAGCACUCCAAUCUCCGAAACCUUUCCAGAAUUCCUCUCUUCACUCGCCGCCCAUCUCUUGCCGGAAAACUCACCCUUCUCAGCACGAGUGCACAAGAGAAAUCAAGGCCUGCGGUAUUGUCAUCUACGAGACAUAAGAGAAUUCCCAUAUAUGUGAUGAUGCCUGUUGAUGCAUUCUGCAUAGAUGGUUCUGGGAUUCCAAGGAUUAGGAGACUCAAGGCCUUAACUGCAUCUCUAAAAGCACUCAAGUUGGCAGGUGUCCAUGGAAUUGCAGUUGAGGUUUGGUGGGGAAUCAUAGAACGUUUCUCUCCCCUUGCAUAUGACUGGUCUCUAUAUGAAAAGCUAUUUGAGCUGAUUUCUGAGUCAGGGUUAAAGGUGCAUGUUGCCUUGUCUUUUCACUCAAAUGUAAACUCUUCUUCUUGCAGAAAUGGGGGUGUAAGUCUUCCGCUUUGGAUCACACAGAUUGGUGACAGCAAUAAGCAUAUAUACUAUCGAGACAAAAAUGGGUUUUCAAGUGAUGAUUAUCUUACGCUAGGGGUUGAUAACCUUCCUCUGUUUUGUGGCCGGACUGCCCUUCAAUGUUAUGAAGAUUUUAUGACCAGUUUUGUUAAGAAAUUUGAAUCCCAUAUUGGAAGUGUCAUAGAAGAAAUUUGUGUUGGUCUUGGUCCUUCUGGUGAACUUAGGUAUCCUGCACAUUUUGGUGAUGGUAUAUGGAAGUUCCCUGGAAUUGGCGAGUUCCAGUGCUAUGACAAGUACAUGCUGGACAACCUAAAGAUGGCCGCAUGUGAGGAAGGGAAGCCUCAAUGGGGAGAAGGGGGACCACCAAAUGCUGGCUAUUACAAUAGUCUUCCAUCUGGAGCUCCUUUCUUUGAAGAGGGAGAGGAAAGCUUUCUUUCUGAUUAUGGGUGCUUUUUCCUUGAAUGGUAUAGUGGUAGUUUGCUUGGUCAUGCAGAUGCUAUUCUUGCAAAGGCAGCCAAAAUUUUGAAGAAGUAUCAAGAAGACAAGCAAACUUCUAUUCUGUUAGUGGCUAAAAUUGGUGGAAUAUAUUGGUGGUACCAGACAGUAGCACACCCUGCUGAACUCACAGCUGGAUACUACAACACUGCUCUGAGGGAUGGUUAUGAUCCUGUUGCUUCAAUUUUUUCUCGUCAUGGAGCUGCUUUGCAUGUGUCCUGCUUGGAAAUGAUGGAUGGUGAAACACCAGAAUCCUAUCUCUGCAGCCCAGAAGGAUUACUGCAACAGUUAUGGAGUGUUUCGAAGAAAAGGAUAAUACAUUUGAUCGGGAGAAACACCAACGAACGAUUUGACAGGGUUAGUUUAUGGCAAAUACAUGACAACUGUUACCAUUCACAGGCGGAAGUUAUGAUGGAAUUAGAGAUACAGACUGACAAAAGCUCCCCAGAUGAAACCCCCUCCGUCUUUAAGAAAUCGAUUCGACCAGUCACAUUGAAGUUUGAGGACGUAAUCUACAAGAUCAGAAUCAAGAAUGUGGGAAUAGAAGGAAUAUUAUGGCCGCAGAGGAGCAAGGAGACUGAGAAAGUGAUAUUGAAGGGUGUGACAGGAAUGGCAGAACCAGGUGAAAUUCUAGCCAUGUUAGGUCCAUCCGGAAGUGGCAAAACGACUCUCCUAACCGCACUAGGAGGCCGUCUCGGUGGCCAACUCGCCGGAAGCAUAACCUACAACGGCAAACCCAUAUCAAACGCAAUGAAAAGAAACACUGGAUUCGUUUCCCAAUACGAUUUUCUCUAUCCCCAUCUAACAGUGGUCGAAACCCUAGUUUUCACUGCCCUUCUCCGCUUGCCAAACACUCUAACCAAGGAAGAGAAGGUAUCCCAAGCCGAAUCGGUUAUAGCCCAACUCGGAUUAACCCAGUGCCGAAACAGCAUUAUAGGUCAUGAGUUCCUGAGGGGUGUUUCAGGAGGCGAGCGGAGAAGGGUGAGCAUAGGGCAAGAGUUGCUUGUAAACCCUAGCUUGCUCAUAUUGGAUGAACCCACCUCCGGCCUUGAUUCCACCACAGCUCAAUGCAUCGUUUCGGGAUUGUCUGAGUUAGCCAGUGGUGGAAGAACAAUAGUGAUGACAAUACACCAGCCUUCCAGUAGGCUGUUUUACAUGUUUCACAAGCUGUUGCUGUUAUCGGAAGGAAAUGCUUUGUAUUUUGGCAAGGUCUCUGCAGUCAUGGACUACUUUUCGGACAUUGGGUUUGCCUCAUCGGUACCCAUGAAUCCUGCUGAUUUUCUCUUGGACGUUGCUAAUGGGUUGACAAGUGAUGGUGCGCAUGCAAAUGAUUCCAUGGAUGAUCACAUGCAGAGCAUCGUUGUGGCCUAUAAAGAGAGGCUUUCGGAGAAAUUGAAGGAGGAACUUGCAGGCAAACAAUUCAAUGAAGAUAAAUUAUCAAAUGGUCCAGAAGACAAUAGUAAGGAGGAGUUUGGGAGGUGGCCGACAACAUGGUGGCAGCAAUUCAGUGUGUUGUUGAGGAGAGGAGUGAGGGAGAGGAAGCAUGAGUCCUUCUCUCCUCUCAAGAUUUUUGAGGUGCUUGCAGUCUCUUUUCUUACUGCCCUGCUAUGGUGGAAAUCGCAUAUUUCCCACUUACAAGACCAGAUUGGGAUUUUCUUCUUUAUUUGCGGAUUCUGGGGCUUUUUUCCUCUCUUAGAAGCAAUCUCUACAUUUCCCCAAGAGCACAAGAUGCUCCAAAAGGAACGGUCUUCUGGCACUUACAGACUUUCCUCCUAUUUCAUAUCAAGGAUUGUCGCUGACCUACCCAUGGAACUUGUUCUUCCUACCCUAUUCCUCGCAAUAACAUACUGGUCAGCAGGCCUAAAAUCCACUAUUGGACACUUCUUGCAUGCCUUGUUGGUUCUGUUACUCAGUGUUUCAGUUUCUCAAGGCUUAGGACUUGCUCUUGGUGCUUUGGCAAUGGACCAUGAGGUGGCCAUGACACUUGGAUCAGUCUUCAUGCUGUCAUUCCUUCUAGUUGGUGGAUACUAUGUUCAACAGGUGCCUAGAUUUAUAGCUUGGAUCAAGUACCUUUCGUUCUCUCACUACUCGUACAAACUCUUCUUGGGGUCUCAAUACAAGACAGAUGAGACAUAUCCAUGUGACGAUGCUGGAGGAGUUUGCGUGAUUGCAGAUUAUCCAGCUAUAAAAAUGGUGGGGCUUGAUGGACAAUUUAGCUCCGUGAUUGCUUUGGUUUUCAUGCUUGUAGGUUACAGGCUAAUUGCUCAUGUCGAUUGGGGUUACAGGAAAAUAAUGUAGGGCAGGAAACUCGUGGUGAGUGGCCUAGAUUAUAUGAAGAUUAUCCAUCAGUUUAUGCAUUUUUCUAAGUGAAGCUAACAAUUUAAU